CAGUGGGCUGCAGCCUAUCGUGCAUAUUCCCCUGGCUGUAGGCACAUGCAUCCCUCCGUUACAUCACCAUGGCCGCUGCUAAGGAAGCAUGGCUGACUGUGGGGACAUUGGAAGAUAACCGGGACAGACAGGGCAUUCUGGGCAGGGCCAUGGUGCCAAGCCAAUUGUGGGGGAGACUGGAGAAACCACUUCUCUCCCUGAGUUGUGCCUCCCUACUCCUGGGGCUGGCUUUACUGAGCAUACGGCCAGACAUCGCCCCUGUUGCUUAUUUUUUUCUCACCUUGGCUGGCUUCUUCUUGUUUGCCUCCCUCCUGGCCUGUUUUCUGGAACGGGGGCUCCGAUCAAUGCAGACAGAGAGCCCAGAGACCCCAAGCAAUGCACGGGACAAUGAAGCUUUUGAGGUGCCAACAUAUGAAGAGGCCAUGGUAGUGUUGGAAUCAGAGAGCCACCCCCAACAGCUGGAUCAACCACCCCCUUACAGCAGUGUUGUAAUCCCCCCAGAACUUGAUGGGGGACAACCUAGCCAAUCAGAAAGGCCCGUGACACAUAGACUGGAAAGACGAGUGGGCUCAGAGGGGGCUAUGACCCCAGGAGGAAGCCCUGGAAGAGUUCUGAUCAGCCUUCGGCUUCGGGGACCGCGGGUCAUAUCCACUGCUCCUGAUCUGCAGAGCUUGAGGGCAACCCCCAAAAGGGAGCCUCUUACUCCACCCCCUGCCUAUGAUGUCUGCUUUGCUCACCCUGAUGAUGAUAAUGUUUUCUAUGAAAACAACUGGACACUCCCCUAAGCAACUCUCUCAGGACUUAUGGCUCUACAUCAGACCCAUUCAUUCAUUUGACCAGCAUUUCCCAGCGCCCACCAUGUGUCAGGAACCGCAUUUCUGCCUGGACAUCAAAAAUGGGGACUUGAAUCCAGAGGGGAGUCGGGCUAUGGUAAGCCUUUCCCAAUGAAGAAAUGGGUAACAGAA